AUGUUUCGAUACGAGAUGAUCGAUUUCCUCUACGAUAGUUUCGGCCUCGAGGUGUCCCCGACCACCAUUUCUCGAACCCUGAAGACGGAAAGAUGGACCAGGAAAACCAAUGGCCGCGUAGCGAAACAACGGAACCUAGAACUACGGGAACUGUACCUCUAUAAACUCUCUGAUUGCCAAUCGUACCAGCUGGUCUUUAUCGACGAAUCUGGCUGUGACAAACGGAGUGGACACCGACGCCAGGGAUGGGCGCCGAGUGGAGCGACUCCCGUGCAGGUUGACGAGUUCAACCGCGAACAACGGUUUCAGAUUCUUGCUGCGUAUACACAGAGUGGCGUCAAAUUGGCGCGUAUCUACCGUGGAUCCACUGAUGCCGUUAUAUUUGAGGAUUUUAUCGACCAGCUGCUGCACCACUGCGGUAAAUGGCCGGAGCCAAAUUCAGUCCUUAAUUACCUGGCUGGGCCUGUUGGGUUAUUCUCAAGCAUGGGACUGGUUUCACUCCGGAUCGAGCUCGGACGUUAUGCAACAUACGUCGAUGUGGCCUUGGGCCUCACAAGGCACUGGACUUUGAAUAAGCUCCAGUCGAUGGCAGCCUUGCUACCGGCGGCGUUUCUUGACGAGCGCGGCACACGGCUGCAGGAAGAAGGGGGUCGGCAGCAUUUCCAAUACAUCGGCGGCGAGGGCGGCACCGGCAAGUCUCGCGUCAUACACGCCAUCAAGGACAUGUUCCGGCUGAAGGACGGUCUCCACACGCUGCUCCUGACGGGCGCCAGCGGUAAUGCGGCCGCGCUUAUCGGCGGAGUGACGCUGCACUCGGCGGCAAAUAUUGCUCAGGUGGGCGGUCUCACGCUCGCGGCGGUGGACAGCCGCCUGAAGCAGUACACAGACGACCAGCAUCGACCGUUCGGCGGGAUCCCAAUGGUCAUGUUCUUUGGUGACUUCUUCCAGUUCGACCCCGUCCUGCAGACCAGCCUCCUCUUGCCAACGCCUAGGGACCCCGGUGGACAGAGACCGGACAGCUCGGCAAAGCACCUAGCAGCGCAUAAGCUGUUCCUCCAGUUCACAAACGUCGUCAUCCUCCGCGAACAGUCCUCCUUCGUAGAUGGCUUGAGAGCCAUCACGCCUCUGAACCAAGACCGGUGGGACCUAAACAUGGCGGCCGUCGUCCGGUGGGCUCGUGCCCACGGCAAGCACAUCUCCAUCUUUGUGGCCAAGCACGAUACUGAGUCGGGGAAACGACUGAGUGCGGGGGACCUAUGCCACGUGCUCCGCUACGGAGACGACUCGCAGCUGCCGACCCCCGGCCUCUUCUUCUACGCCCAAGGCAUGCCGGUCGUGGUGACUCGCAACCAGUUUGUCGGGCUGAAGGUGGUCAACGGGGCGCCUUUCAAGGCCGUCGACAUCUUUCCCGACCUCGCCGCCGGCACCAUCGCCCUCGCCAGCGAUGUGACUCUUCAUCUUGGACCGCCGGUGGCCGUCCUCCUUCAGUCAGACGACAGCGCGGGCCUCGCCAUCCCCGGGCUCCCCAAUGGCACCAUCCUGAUCAAGAGCAAGACGGUCGCCAUCCCGAGCCAAAUGCGGGGCAAAGAAGGCAGAUGGAGGGGCAAGCCGGGUUUCAGGUGGGUUACCCACAGAACCGGGCCUCUCUGCACCCCAGCCUUCGCUAUGACAGAUCAGAAGAGCCAAGGCAAGCAGUUCUCCAACGUCCUCAUCAACCUCAAAGGCGUCCACUCGAGUGGCACGGCGACGCUGCCCAGCUUCAUGAGCCUGUACGUGCAGCUGUCGAGGGCGCAGAGCUGGGACGGGCUGCAUCUGUUUCGGAAACCGGCGCGUGGCGACUUUAUUGAGCCCAAGAAUGUGCUUGACAAAGACAUGAGGGAGGCCAUCCUCAAGCUGGAACGACGGGGUGAGGAGACCAGACGGCGGUUCGAGCAAGACCACAGGCACGAGUCGUGGUUUCAAGAAUGGGCUGCCAUGCCUGAAUCUGGCCGAGGACGCGGCGCUCUGGCCGCCCAUCUUCAGCAGCGUUAG